AUGCUGAAGAUGAUGACCUUCCAAGGCCUGCCCGGAGCAGGGGCCCUUGACUUCCUGGGGAGCCCCCUCAAGUUUCGCUCGGCGUCGGAGGCGGAGUCCGAGGCCUCCAUGUCCGAGGCCUCCUCGGAGGACCUGGUGCCACCCCCGGAGGCCCCGGAGCGGGAUGAGGCGGAGACUUCCAAGAAGAAGUCCAAAGGCCUGGCCACCAUGUUCGGCCUCUUCACCAAAGGGAAGAAGAAGAAGGGCGCGGCCGCCUCCGUGGAGCCCGCCUGCAAGCCGGACGCCACGCCGGGGCCGGCGGGCCCGCUGCCCACAGUGGAGGAGCUGAAGGCGGCCCUGGAGCGCGGGCAGCUGGAGGCGGCGGCGCCGCUGAUGCGGCUGGAGCGGGAGCUGCGGGCGGCGGCGGCGGCGGGCGGCGCGGCCGAGGCGGAGCUGGUGCGGCGGCAGAGCAAGGUGGAGGCGCUGUUCGCGCUGCUGCGCGACCAGGUGCUGGGCCCGCUGCGCCGGCCGCUGGACGCCGAGCCCGGGCGGCUGCGGCGCGCGCUGGCCGUGCUGGCCGAGCAGGAGCGCGAGGACCGGCGCGCGGCCGCCGAGCCCGGGCCCCCCGCGCUGGCGCCCACGCGGCCGCGGCGCUGGCUGCAGCUGUGGCGGCGCGACGUGGCCCGCGCGGCCGAGGAGCGGCUGGGCCGGCCGCCCGCCGCCGCCCCGGGCCUGUCGGAGGCCGAGCGCGCCUUCCUGGCCAUGGGCCGCACCAUGCGGGAGGACCUGCAGGCCGUGGCGCAGCGCCUCAAGCCGCUCUUCCCCGCCGAGUUCCGCGUCGUGGCCACCUACGCCGAGGCCUACCACGCGCACUUCGCGGCCCAGGUGGCGGCCAUGGCGCAGUUCGAGCUGUGCCCGCGCGACACCUACAUGCUGCUGCUCUGGGUGCAGAGCCUCUACCCCAACGACAUCAUCAACAGCUCCUCGCUGGCAGGUGAGCUGCAGGGGCUCAACCUGGGCAGCCUCCUGCCCCCCAAGCAGAUCCGGCUGCUGGAGGCCACGUUCCUGUCCAACGAGGUGACCAGCGUGAAGGAGCUGAUGACCCGAGCCCUGGACCUGGAGUCGCAGCGCUGGGCCCAGGAUGUGGCCCCCCAGAGGCUGAACGGCCACUGCCACAGCGAGCUCGCCAUCGACAUCAUCCAGAUCAUCUCCCAGGGCGAGGCCAAGGCCGAGAGCAUCACGCUGGACCUGGGCAAGCAGAUCAAGAGCAUGCUGCUGGCGGAGCUGGCUGCGUUUCUGAGGAGCUACCAGCGGGCCUUUGAUGACUUUCUGGAGAGGUGCAAACAGCUGAGAAAUUACAGGGCCAAUGUCAUGGCCAACAUCAACAAUUGCCUGACCUUUCGGAUCUCCAUAGAGAAGUGGCAGGCGCCCCAGGACCCCCUGCGCCCCCUGAAUGAACUCAAGAGCCAUGGCUUUGACACCCUGCUCCAGGGCCUGUUCUCGGACCUGAAGCCGCUGUUCAAGAGGCUCACGCAGACCCGCUGGGCGGCCGCGGCGCAGACUCUGGAGGAAGUUGUGUCCGUGGUGGAGGCCCGGCUGCCCGAGUUCUCGGAACUGCGGGAGUGUUUCCAGGAGGAGCUCAUGGAGCUGGUGCACGUGCACCUGGUGAAGGAGUACAUCGUGCGGCUCAGCAAGCGGCGCCUGGUCCUCAGGACUGCGGAGCAGCAGCAGCAACUGGCCGGGCAGGUCCUGGCCAACGCCAACCUCAUCCAGCGCUUCUGCACUCAGCACGGCUCCCCGGCCACCUGGCUGCAGCCCGCCCUCUCCACGCUCGCCGAGAUCAUCCGCCUGCAGGACCCCAGUGCCAUCAAGAUCGAGGUGGCCACCUAUGCCACCCUGUACCCUGACUUCAGCAAAGACCACCUGAGCGCUAUCCUGGCCAUCAAGGGGAACCUGUCAAGCAGUGAGGUCAAGGCCAUCCGGAGCAUCCUGGACAUCCACACGGGGGUCUACGAGUCGCCCAAGUCGCUGUUUUCACUUAUAAAGGUUGGUUAG